AUGUCCGCUCAAGGUACUCCCUCCAAGAAGGCCGAGCCCUUCGAGCAACUUCAGCCGAAGGGGUGGCGGUACCUCAAGAAGAUGUCCGCCGCGACUAAGUCGACUCUCAUUCAGGCCGAGAAGGUCAAGCCCAAGGUCGCCGACGUCGAUCCGGAGGAGUUGGACCUCGCCUUUAGGCGAAACCAAGUGACUACGGUCAACGCGCCCAAUGCCAGGGGGGUUGGAAGUUCGCCUGCCAACCCUGCUUUGAAUUGGCGACUACCGGGAACCACCGCGCCCGAGUCGACGGCGAAUGGGUCGACUGCAUUCGUGGUCAAUGCAGGCCGUCCCUGCACCCCCAUGAACCCCGGCGUCGUCACGGCUUUCCGACACGAUAUCGGAGUUCGACACAGGGUUCGCGCCGGGUUGCUGUACAUCCAGGAUCCUGCGGUGUCGCAAAGGAGUCUCUUCCCUCAUAUCCCCGCUCCUUCCGUCUUCCACGUGGAGCACGAACUCACCGCUCGGUUGGCCGCCCAACACGCUCCGAACGCCGUCCCCGCCGGCUUGGUCGCCACCGACGUCAACGUCGACCUCGACAUCGCCGGUUCCGAUGUCGUUACUCCCGGUUCGCCUGCGCCUACCAUCGUCGAGGGAGAGGACGUGGAGGACCUCGAUCUCGAGGACGACCGUUCGGACGACGAGGAUACCAGCAUGGGGGACGGGAGCGACAGCGAGUCGUCGAGCUCGUCCGGAUCCUCGACUUCGGGGUCUUCUUCUUCGGAAUCUGGUUCGGGAUCUGGGUCGGGGUCUGGUUCGGGUUCGGGCGGGGAGUAA